AUGUGGUUGAAGUUUUUGGCCCCCAUGGCCAUCUUAGCUGGCUCUGUGGUCGCUGUUACUCAGAUUAGUGAUGAUGCUAUGCAGUCGUUACUUGCUGAUGGUGCUGCGGAUCUAGCUAAUCGUUAUGCGCCUUUGUGGUUCUUCGCUCAAGCUAUGGACCAACCCCCUUGUUAUCCCACAUGGGCAUUUAGUGGGUCCCCAACAACACCCGAUACAUUUGAGAACUCGUCUAUAACCCCUCCAGCGGGACAAUGCGAAUACCCUGAUGUUGGGUGUAAUUGCAGAAAUCCAGGUGUUGACACUGGUAACCCCGGGCCUGCGUUCCCAAUCUAUUACACUUUCGUGCAGUGUAAUGAGACUGAAGUCCGUGUUGUGUAUAACCUUUUCUAUGAGAAGGAUGGGGCUACAGUUAUUGGGGCUAUUCAGACUGGCCAUGACUAUGAUUGGGAACGUGUAGUCAUCAUUCACUCGCGUGACGAUAAUAACAUGUGGGCGCCGUCACGCGCUCUACUAUCCGCACAUAGUGGCUACAAUAAUAUUGCAUGGGGUGAUAUUCACAGUACCCUGACUACGGACCAGAUUAAUGCUGGUAAUGCGAAGGAUCCAGAUGGUGUCCAGAACGAGGAUCAUCCGAAGGUCUAUGUCGCCUGGUCAAAGCAUCCAAACUUCGAUACUACAGAUACUACAUUCUUGGAUCCUGCUAGUCAAUCUUUGGAUGAUGCAUACCGCAGUGAUGACUGGUGGUAUUAUGUUGAUCCUCAGUAUUAUAUCCUCUCUGAUAACAGCACUGAUGCUGGAAAGGCCUUUGCUGCUGCUGAUUGGGGGAGUGCCACUAGUAAUCCACCUUAUGUACAGGAGACUGUUUGCGAUGCGCCAUAG